AUGUUAUUAUUAAUUGUGAGUGUGGCUGGAAUUAUUUUUAAUAAUGUUCUUGCUUUACACUAAUAUCAAGCAGGAGUACACGAUUGGAAUAAGCGACUCUUUGGUGAGUUAAAAUACAUUCAAGUCUAAGAUUAAACAAUAUUUUACUAAAACACGAACAAUCAAAAUGGAAUUAUUGAUAAAUCUACAGGUUUUCUGAAUUCUCAUAAAUUUAGGCCAAGUCAAUUCGAGAAACACUUAUACUAUGUGUGAUUCUUAUAAUUAUGUCACUUAUGAGCCAAACUAAUAGAUAAUACAAUUAUUUAAUGAAGGAUAUUCAGUGUUAGCCGAAGAGGAGAUUAGCGACAAUAUUGACCAUUGUUUAAUAGGAUUAAACGGAGAAUUUAUAAUUAUUUAUGGAAAAACUAUCUUCUCUACAUUUAACAACAAAUUCACUGAGAAGUAUUUAUCUAUGAGAUGAUUUUAGGGUUGAUCAUUAAAUAAUACAUGCAGGAUAUAUUUUUGAUGUUCCAGUGGUUGUUUUACAAAAAUAAAAUGAAAUUUGCAUCUAUCAAAUUAGAGAAUCAAUAACACUAAAUUACUGUGUAGAAAGUUUGAAUGAUGGUAAAAUUCAUGAAUUUGGCAACACCCUCAUCUAUUAAGAUGCUAAAUUUGCAUAUCAACUAAAAGAAAAAUCAGCAAAGCUUUUAAACUUUGAAAUUAUAAAGAAAGUAGAUAAAUUCGUUGGAUAUUCAUAAACUUUGGUAAUUACUGAGAAAUCAAAGAAACAAAUAGUGAAUUUAGAUGGACAAGUUGAAUAUGAAUUAAGUUAAGAUGAAUUUGUUAUAUAGAAUCUUGAGAAUCAAAAAUAUUACUAUAUCUUAAAAUAGAUAAAUAAUGAAUUGAAGAUUGUUUCUUACGACAGAGAUACAAAAUAAACUCAUUCAGAAGUAAUUGAAUUAUAAACAAAUUAACUUAUACUGAAUGCUUUUUUGAUUGAUUAAAAUAAAAGAUAGUUCUUAAUUUAGUAUUAGGAUUUACAAACAGUUUUAGUUGAUAAUAAAGGAGUAAGAUGGACUACUGAAUAAUCAUUAAUUAGUAUUGACACAGUUUUUUAUGAAAAGUAUGAGAAUUAAGAAUAGACACAUAAAAACUCAUAUUAUGAAUCACUUGAGAAACAUGGAACGAACAAUCCUUUAUAUUUAAUAUAAAAUUUUAUUUCAAGAGUUUUGAAUGAAGUAAAAGAUCUAUAAGAAGUUGUAACCCACUUUAUUGAUAAUUUGGGCAAGGAAAAAGUAUAAACAAGAGAAAUGGAAUAAACAUAUGGAUUGAAGUAGAAGGUAUACUUCUUGACUACCUAUGGAACCUUAUUAUGCUAUGAUACUUAAGAAUUAUCUUUGUUAAUUAAAUUACAAAUUAAUAACUAAGAUAAGAGCUUUAGAUUGGUUGCACACCAUUAAAUAGAGUAAUAUAUUCUGUGAUAAUUUAGUUCCAAUUUAAUCACUCAUUUUGAUAACAAUGAUGCACAACCAACCCAUGUGUUAUUUUACUAUUCAAAAGAGAAAUCAAGAUUAAAUACAUUUAUAUUAGACUUACAACAUGGAAUAAUCUAAUAAGUGGCCUCACAGUCCUCAAAGAACAUAGUAUGGACACUUCCCUACAGAGUUGAAGGCGGACCUGGAUAACAUCACAACAUUGUUAUUCUUAUAGAUGAAGAAAACAAUAUAUUCACAUAUCCAAAAAAUGAUUCCAUUAAUACAAAGGAGAUUAUCUUAUAUAGAAAUGACAAUGGUGUCUUAAGAGGAUAUAGACUAUUCAAAAAUGAAUUAGUGAACCUAUGGACAAUUAAUAUGAAAGAUGAAAUUUUAAUAAUCAGAUCCUCUUAUCAUGUGGGAGAAGAAAACCCAAGAGUUGCUAUUUGGGAUGAUAGAAAAGUCAUAUAUAAAUUGAUUGAUCACUCUAAUUUUGCAAUAUUAACUUCAGAUGGGGAUAAACUUAAAUUAUUUAUUAUCAAUGCUAAGACAGGCAAGAUAAUAUAUUAAAGUGUCUAGAGUGAGGCUGAUUUUAAUUAACCAAUCAAUUUAGUAUUUGAUGAACACCAAGUUUUUGUUACUUAUUAUAACAAAGCAUAAAUGAUGUUUGAAAUUUGGACUGUCGAGAUCUAUCAUGCAAAAAUUGAGGUUUCAUUUAUCAAAAUGUUGGAAAACUAUUACUUUACCAAAACACCAAUCAUAACAAACUACUAUAAGGCUGACUUUGAAGCAUUCUUCUUAUAAUAAGUUUAUGGAUAUCCUUUUGGAAUCAAAUAUCUUGGAAUGUCCAGAACUCAAAAAUCAUUGACAAAGAAAAAUUUAUUGAUCAUAACAACUUCUGGAUAAUUGCAUUCUUUAGAUAGAAAUUUAGUUUCUACUAGAAGAAGGGAAAAGGCAGAUCAACCAAUAUUAGAAUAUUCAUUGUAAUCAGCAGAGCUUCCUCCAUAUUAAUAUUAAUUACCCAUAAACUUCUAAAACAUGCUUUCAUAUCAUUAAACAGUAUUUUAACUAUUAAUUUUAGUUCGAUAUUGAGAAGUUUUCAAUCGAAUCCACAAAUUUAGAAUCGUCAGCAUUAUUAUUGGUAUAUGGCUCUGAUAUUUUCUUUACAAGAAUAGCUCCAGACAAAGUAUGAUAUAAUUGUAAUUUUAGACUUAUGAUAUGUUGUUGGAUAAUUUCAACUACAAUGCCCUUAUAGCAACAACAGUUUUGAUAUUAGUUGCCACAAAAGUGUUAUCAAAAUUAGUGAAAUCAAGUAAAUAGGUUAAAUAAUUUUAUCUAAAUUGA